ACCGACCUGAUGGUAACCACCUAGCAGAAGCAUAAAGAUGCCUCGUCUGCUACACUAGGUACAACACUGUAUUUCUCUCGUGACUUGUGUGACAUCGUAAAUUAUACAGGGUAUUCAGUAUAAAUAAUUUAAAAUGAAGGUCAAAAGAUAUAAGAAAGCUCAAAAGAUUCUUCAUUUUUACGUAAAUAAUUAUGGUUUUCACGAACCCUACCAAGUUUUGAUAGACGGGACGUUUGCCAAGUCAGCACGUGACCAUAAAGUUCAAAUUGCCGAGCAAUUAACUCAGUACUUGCACACGAAGCUCAAACUUUUGACGACGCCGUGUGUUAUUACGGAAAUGGAAAAACUGGGACCUGCUCUCAAAAGUGCAUUUUUCAUUUUGAAACAAUUCGGGGUACACAAGUGUGGUCACGCCAAAAAUCCUGUGACAGGUUCAGAAUGUUUACUUUCCAUGGUGGGAUCCAACAAUAAGUCCAGAUACAUGGUGGCUACACAGGACAAAGAUCUUCAAGCGAAAUUAGUUGACUUGUCUGGGGUUCCGCUUUUGUAUUUACAUGGUCAGGUACCAACCAUGAAACCUCCAUCUAAAACGAGUCAGUCGUUUGCCGAAAAAUUGAUUCAAGAAACUGCAGGAAUGACCGAAGAGCAAGAAAAAAUAAUAAAGGAAAUGAAAGUCAAGUGCGGUUUAGAAAAAGACACUGUUGAUAUCAAGAAAAAGAAGAAAAAGGGUGGUCCAAAUCCUUUAAGUUGCAAGAAAAAGAAAAAAGAGAACGUUCACAUUAAUAAUGCAAGUGAAAACAAAGCGAAAAUAGGUAAAGUGCAUAAGAAAAAAAGGAUAAAAAUAGCAUCUCAUAUUAAAGAAGCUUUGAAAGCGAGUGUGUAAACGUAUAUACACAUCUAAAUAAGGUUUAGCAUGAUAUUGUAAAUAUAAAAUAACGAAACAUUCGUGUAUAGAAAAAAUUUUACAU